CUGUCAUUUCAUGUGCCCGGGUGACAUCCCCGCGUAUGUGUUUGUUUGUUUAUUUUCUGUUGUUUAUUCAGUGACAAGUUUUUAUUCUUCCAUUUCGGCGCAUAAAAUGAACGAUAAAAGUCUUUGUACUGAGGAUGGACUUGCCGCCAAAACCCUGUACCUGAAAUCGUUGCCGACAGACUUGAAGGAAACUCAUCUCUCUGACUACUUUUCUGCUUUCGGUCCUCUUCAGAGCGUGCGGAUUCAUGACCAUACCUCCAAUUCAAUUGGAUUUGUGAAAUUCGAAGAAGCAGAAGCAGCCGCAAAUGCAUUGGAAAUGGAACGUCAUAUCAUUGAGGGUCGCACGAUUGAAGUUGAAAUCGCAGACGAUUGUCAUCACGAUGAACCGACAACGAACGACGAAUUGCCAAUAGAAUUGACCAAUCUAACUGGUACAGAGUUCAUGGACCUCAACGAUUACUGUCUCCGUCAAAUAUUAAAUCGAAUAUCGGCCAUGGAUUUAUGUUCGAUGUUUGAAAUGGCGGACCUAAGUAAAAUCAUUCGUCUGAGAGUCAUCGCCAAGAAAGUGUUUGUACGCAGAUUCAGAUGCAUCGAUCUUAAUAAGGAAGCGACUAAAGAGAGCGACAUAGAACGACUGUUGCUUAAUUUUGGAUCACUGAUGGUUUACGUUGCAACGGACAGUGGUGUAGAUGCAGAUGAGACAAUUAAAUUGAUUUUGAUUUUUUGCAACUCGUUGAAAUGGCUUGAUCUUAGACAAUUUACAUUUGAUGAAUCUAGCACCUGGGUGUUAAAGAAGCUGUUCAGGAAACUGGAACGCAUCUAUAUUCACGACUGCCAUUUCAAAGGUGGUGCUAUGAAGGCAUUUGCCCGCUGUAGGUCAUUGCUAACUUUAAAGGUUUAUGACGAGGCUGCGUGCAUGGCGGAAAUAUUGCAGUACACAUUUCCCAAAAUGAGAUCCUUUCACUACUUAACUUUCUGGUGCACCAGCAAGACUUUGUUGAAGGAUUUCAUCUCGCGUCACAAGGGACUGACAUCGCUGCGAAUGGUAGGCAUUGAAGAUGAUUCAGUUCUAUUGCCUGCAAUAGCUGAAAACUGCACCGAGCUACAAGAACUAUCUCUUCGCUCCAGUGGCAACAAAUCUGACGAACAACGUUGUAUUUAUGUCUCGACGAUGCCAGCACUCAAGAACUUGAAGACACUAUCGAUUUAUGGUGAUCGAAGGGCGUCGAGAUUUAUUCAUCAGUUAAAGCAUUUGUGUUCAUUGAGAGAGCUCCGAUUGAUAUGCGUUCGCUUUAACGAUUGUAUCGAAAAGUUUCUGGGCGAGCUAAAGUCGUUGCAAAUUCUCACAAUUCAAAAUUGUGAUAAAUUCACAGAUUUUGACGUACUAGCCAAAUUGAGAGGAUUGCAAGAAUUGCAUAUAACCUCCGAUCUAGUAGUUACAUUCGACCUAAUCUACAUGGUCAGACGGCUGGCUGAUCUGAAUAGGCUUGAGCUUCAGUUAACAACACCUUGUGUGAUUGACGAAGUAAUGCAAUGUCGUCUUGCAGCCGCUCGACGGAAAUCCGGCAAGGCAAAAGGUUCUCUGGAAAUUUCGUGUAAUGGCAUCACAACCCAUAUUCAUUUGUAGUCGAUGAUCUCUGUAUUCAGUUUGUGCAAAUAAAAAUAUUUUUGGUGCAAUGCA